AGAGACAACGAAGAAAGGUACAUCCUUUUGGAGAGAGAGAGAGAGAGAGAGAGAGAGGGAGAGAGAGGAAGAGAAGGAGGGGGGCUGUUUGUUUCCUCGGAAUCGAAUUCUCUCUCCGUUUUCUCGUUACAAUCCUCCUCCUUGUACAAAAAGGGUUGAUAUACAGAGAGAAGAAGUAGAAGGAGAAGAGAAGGUUUUUGAUAGAGGAAAAGUGAAAGGGGAGAAAUUGACGAAGAAUUUUGAGGUUUUUGGGGAUUCGUAGUGUCUAUCAAUCAAAUCCGUUCUUCUUUGGUGUUUUUCAAUGGAGUUGGAUAGUGUCGAGUGUGUGUCAUCCAUAAGUAGCAUCGACGAGGAUGAGAUCCAUCACCAUAAUCUGCACCAUCCGCACUCUCAUCACCUUCAUCAAUUCUCAACAUCGAAGCCUCAUAAUGGUACAAACAAUAGUGCCAACGCUGUCAACAAUAUCACCGGCCCGACGGCAAUUGCUCCGGCUACGAGCGUCCAUGAAUUGCUCGAGUGCCCUGUUUGCACCAAUUCCAUGUAUCCACCAAUUCAUCAGUGCCAUAAUGGACACACACUAUGUUCUACCUGUAAAACAAGGGUGCAUAAUCGGUGUCCGACAUGUAGACAGGAACUUGGAGAUAUUAGGUGUUUAGCACUGGAGAAGGUUGCCGAAUCGCUUGAACUGCCAUGCAAGUAUUACAACUUAGGAUGCCCAGAGAUAUUUCCAUAUUACAGCAAACUGAAGCAUGAGGCUGUCUGUAACUUCAGACCGUACAGUUGUCCUUAUGCUGGGUCAGAGUGUGCAGUUGUUGGGGAUAUUCCUUUCCUGGUUGCCCAUCUGAGGGAUGAUCACAAGGUGGAUAUGCACACUGGAUGCACAUUCAAUCAUCGAUAUGUAAAAUCCAAUCCUCGUGAAGUAGAGAACGCCACUUGGAUGCUAACGGUUUUCCACUGUUUUGGUCAAUAUUUCUGUCUUCACUUUGAAGCCUUCCAGCUUGGAAUGGCCCCAGUUUAUAUGGCUUUCCUCCGAUUCAUGGGUGAUGAGGUUGAGGCCCGGAACUAUAGCUACAGCCUAGAGGUUGGGGCAAAUGGCAGAAAACUCAUAUGGGAAGGUACCCCACGAAGCAUCCGGGAUGGUCACCGCAAGGUUAGGGAUAGCCACGAUGGUCUCAUCAUUCAAAGAAACAUGGCACUUUUCUUUUCUGGCGGGGACCGGAAGGAGCUGAAACUGAGAGUUACAGGUAGGAUAUGGAAGGAGCAACAGAACCCAGAUGCGGGUGUGUGCAUACCAAACCUUUGUAGCUGAGAGAUAUGACUUUCAGGAUUAUUACCAGAUUGUUUGGCAAGUUUUUAUUCUGUGUGCUGUACCUUCACCAAGUUUUUUUGUCUUGUAUGUGGAAGUAAGUAUUCAGAAGGCUUUGUAUGUUUCUUCUCAACUUCUUAAAAUUGUAUGAUAAGCAGCUGAACCUCAAUGAACUGGUUUGGUAGCAUGACAAUGAAGACAAAGUUUCCAAAUGAAGAUUGGACUAUGGCUAUAAUUUCUUAGAA